UCCAUGAGCGCCGCCGCGAACGCGCUCACGAAUCUCGCCCGCGCGGCGGUGACGAUCGGCGUCGGCGCCUCCGUGGCGUCGCAGGCCAUCUACGACGUGGACGGGGGCGAACGCGCGGUCAUGUUCGACCGCUUCAGAGGGGUGCUUCCGGUGACGUCGGGCGAGGGCACGCACUUCGUGGUGCCGUUCAUUCAGAACCCGACGAUUUACGACGUGCGCACGCGAGCGAAGUCGCUGACGUCGGUGACGGGGACGAAGGAUUUGCAGCAGGUGAACUUGACGCUGCGGGUGCUGUGCAGACCGGACGUGGACAAGCUGCCGAAGAUUCAUCAAGAGCUCGGGCAAGACUACGAUGAUCGGGUGUUGCCGUCGAUCGGGAACGAAGUUUUGAAGGCGACCGUGGCGCAGUUCAACGCGGAUCAGUUGCUGACGCAGCGUCAAUUGGUGAGUCAGCGAGUCAGCGAGGCUUUGCGACUGCGAGCGGCUGAUUUCGGCAUCAUCUUAGACGACGUCGCGCUGACGCACUUGAGCUUCUCCUCCGAGUACACCAAGGCGAUCGAAGCAAAGCAAGUGAGUCAACAGGAAGCGGAACGCGCGGCCUACGUCGUGAAGCGGUCCGAGCAAGAGCGAGAGGCUGCGAUUAUUCGCGCCGAGGGUGAAUCCGAAUCCGCGCGUUUGAUCUCGCAAGCGACCAAGGCUGCCGGCCCAGCGCUCGUCGAGCUGCGCCGAAUCGAAGCGAGCAAGGAGAUUGCGCAGACGCUCGCGCGAAGCCGCAACGUCAUGUACUUGCCGGGCGGUGGCGCGAACAUGUUGCUCGGUUUGCAACAAUAG